UUUGAAGAUGGUUCUUUCCUGUCUAACACAACUCCUGUAGUAGAUGGCUUCGCCGGACAAGGCAGGCCGUUGAACUCGGAUGAUGUGCUUAACUCUGAUCUCCAAGCAAGACAUGUGAGCCCUAGAAGUGAGGAGGAUAAUUACAACUACAACGCGUAUGGUGUCGCUUCAACUUCGGGCUCUAGGAGUUUCCAGAAUGGAGUAGUGUAUGAUCAGGUCUACACAGAACCUGAAACCCACCACUACGAACUCCCAGACAUCCAACUAGCUCGCGUAGCUGAAGCUUUCAACUCCGUCGAAAUAUAUGAAGAAAAAGAUAAGCCUGCUUCCAACUCUGUUGAAAUAUAUGAAGAGAAAGUCCCCAAACCUUUCUAUUCUGUUGAAACAUAUGAAGAGAAACAUUCUGGGAAUACUUUUAAUUCAGUUGAGAUAUAUGAGAAGUCAGUGUCCGACAAGGCUAGCAUGGACAGUAUGUCCAUGUCGGAGGCGAGACCGAUGGGGAGAAGACAGGCGUCGUUGGAUGAUAUACUUGUACUAGGACGCCCACCUAAGAAUGAUGAUGAUCAUUUUGUGCAUCCUGCGACUGUGAAAAGCAAGGUCCGCAAAAUAAAACCCCUGAACCUACUCUCAAAAACGAAGCACAUCCUCACCGGGCGCGAGCGAGACAAGAAACUGGACAGAGAAAGAGCACGCGCGCUCAGCGCGAGUGCGGGCGACGUUGCCGCUCCGGGCGCCGCGCCUGAGCUGCCGGGCGCCGCCAGCGAGCCCGACUUGAGACAGAGCGAGCAGACGUCACCGUUCCGGCGCUGGACGACGGGCAGCGGCGCCGGCAGCUCCUACCGCCACCAUCACGACCCGCGCGCCAUGUAUAAUAAGCAAAUAAGCGAAGGCGCCGCGCCAGCGGUGCCCGGUGCGGGCGGCGUGGCGCGCUGGUCUUUAGGUCUUGAACAGUUGCUGGCCGACCCAGCGGGUGCUGCGGCAUUCGCGCACUUCCUCUCCAAGGAGUUUGCAGCUGAGAACAUCAGAUUCUGGUGGUCCUGCGAGCAGUACGCCGCGGCCCCUGAGUCCGGGCGCGCGGCGCUCGCCCAAGAGAUCUGGUCGCGACAUCUCGCGGAAAAGGCCCCUGAACCCGUCAACGUGGACGCCGCCGCGAGGAGAGCUACUGAAUUAAGGAUGCAUCAGACACCGGCACCUCAGGACUUGUUCCAACAGGCCCAAAAGCAGAUCUUCAACGUGAUGAAGUUCGACUCUUAUCCUCGCUUUUUACGCUCCGGGGUUCACGCUGAAUGCGCAAGAGCAGAUCUGCGUGGUUUGCCAGCUCCGUACGCGCCGAGAGCGACGCAGCCGGACCCCCCAACGCCUACAAAACUGAAGAAGUCGGCCUCCAACGCGUCGGAGCGGCGCCGCAGCGGCGGCUCGCUGCUGCCGUGGCGCCUGCGCGCCGCCUCCCGCGACCGCGCCCCGGACCAAGCGCCUAUCACUGAUCUCGUAAAAUCCAACAUGUCCGGCCAAUGCUCGCUGUGUCGGGUGGUGCUGCCCGACGGCGCGUCGUCGGUGGUCGGCGUCGACGCCGCGCUCACGGUGCGGCGGCUGGUCGAGAGGCUGCUGCAGCGGCUCAACCUGCCAUGCCCCAACUAUGACGUCAUCGUGAGGGACGAUCAGGGUGAAUGCUCAACCAUCGACCCCUCCCAGCCGUCCACGGUCCUGAGCGGGCGCGAGGCGGUCGUCGAGCGGCGCUGCGUGGUGCGCGUGGAGGUCGCGGGGAAGGUGGUCGCCGUGCGCUGUCGGCCUCAGCGCCGCGCCGCGCACGUGCUGAGGCCGGUGUUGAGGAGGUACCUGCCGAGGGCCUCGCGGUACAGACUGUUGAGGGACGCUGCGCCGUUACCAUUGGAUACACCUGUUCAGGAGUUAGAUGGCGCGCGACUCCUCAUACUAGAAAUACCGGGGGGUGAAGAAGUAACCGAGGUGGAGUGCGAGUUGAGUGCCGACGACGAGUUGGACUCGCUCAGCGAGAUGGCGCUGCGGCUGCACGAUGAUAACGCCGAUGCUCAGGUAACAUACUAGAAAUACCGGGGGGUGAAGAAGUAACCGAGGUGGAGUGCGAGUUGAGUGCCGAUGACGAGUUGGACUCGCUCAGCGAGAUGGCGCUGCGGCUGCACGAUGAUAACGCCGAUGCUCAGAGCGGCGCUUGCAGCACGAGCCGCGGCGACGCGAGCGGCCUAGUGCGCGCCGCGCUGCGCCCCGGCCCGCCGCUGCACCACCACCCGCCCGAUUUCCUAAAUAAUCUGCAAGCGGCACAACGGCUGCGGCUGCACAGCGGUAACGGUGCGGGUGCUGGUGCAGGAGCGGUUCGCGAACCGCCUCCGCUGCCGCCCAAGCCUUCUGCACGCCCCGCCGCACCCACACUCGUGUGAACACGCCGCUAUCUAAUGGUGGAGCCGAGCAACACCAGGAACGACGAAAAUGUUCAAUCCAAAAUUAAAUUGAGUCAGAAGAUAUGACGUCAAACCGCAGUUGCGGGUCGCCUUAGUGGAGACAAACUAUUGAAGAUUUAUUGUAAUCAAAAUAAAGUGUAUAAGUGACUCUUCAAUAAGAUAUGACGUCAAACCGCAAGAAGGAUACGGUUUGACGGUGUAAAUGACUCUUCAUUUAGAAGAUAUGACAUCAAUCCGCAAGGUUUGCGGGUCGCCUCAGUGCACACGUACUGUUGAAGAUUACUUGUAACUAAAAAGUAUAUAGUUACUCUUCAAUUAGAAAAUGUGACAUCAAAUCGCAAAAGGUCACCCUCAUUGUUAAGAUUUGAAAAUAAAUUAUAGUAAAAAUCUUAGUGUGACUCAAUUUGAAAAUAUGAUGCCAUCAACCGCAAAGUUUGCUGCAGAGACUGUUAAGGAUUAAAAAUAUCUUAAAGUGUAUAUUCUAGGGAACAAACGAGUGAGUUUAAAAUUAAAAAUGUAAAAUUACGCUUAAAUUGACUUAGAUAUAGCAAUAACUUGAAAAGUAAUAAAACGGGAACAAUACAACAUGUUCUUUUAUAGUCAUCGAUUGUUUUUCAAAUUAUCACCACUACUUAGACAUCAGGUAUAAUAACAUGAUCACAAUUCUGCACCAAGUAUAUUUUGACACUUGUGUUUUUAGUAACUAGAAAAACACCGAUUACUAUUAAGAAUGUGUGAGUAUUCGUUAUUAUUAUCCAUUAUAAAUAUUAUAAAAUCCAUACAAAGUCGUAUAAAAUAUUGAUAUUAAUUAACCUACCUAAAUAAUAUAUUGUACAACUAAAAUAUUCCUAAUAAGCACGAGUGUACAAAUGCAUGCCAUGAGAUCAUUCCACUAGAAUGAUUGUUAUCAUCUGUAUGUAUAAAUCUCUCGUUAUUUUAUCGAUGUCCAGAGUUCAGAAUGGGAUCAUAUUGUACAAAAAAGUAUUAUAGUUGUAAAUAGUUACUAAUAUUUGGUGCCUUCCAUAGACAUAAGACUGCACUAACAUUACUUUUAUCGAAUUGUGGAGCGGACCCUAAUAUUAUAGAACCUAAUUUUAAGAUCUGGUAACAAAUUGUAAGUUUUUUAUACAUUUCUCCUUCUGUCCCAAGAUAUUAUAAAACUCUUUUCUUAAAAAAUCAGGUCAUGGAUAUAGUCAGACCGUAAAAAGUCUGCAGCGAUUUUGAUAGCCCACGCAGUGCAAGUGUCAUUUUAAACGUCAAACUUCUAUGAAAUUAUGACGUACACAUAACACUUACACUGUGUGGGCUAUCAAAUCCGCUGCAGACUUUGUUAGGUGCGACUAUAAAUAUCUUGUUGUUAUAAACAUAAAUAACUUAGAAGUCUUAUUUUAUUCUGGCAACCACUUAUGUGGUAAAAAAAGGUUGUAUUUGACUUACAUUCAUGACAUACACAAAAUUAUACAUACAUUAACAGCACCCCUAUGUGUAGCUUUAGCAUUUGAUUUGUCGAAUUUUGUGUUAAAUUAGUCAAUAGUAAUUUAUUAUUAAAAAUAUUGUAAAGCAAAUGAUUUAUGCUCGGAGAGUAUAUGAAAUAAAAUAGUGUUAUUAA